UCCGCGGAAUGUUGAAUUAAGUGUCAAGAAACACUCACGCUGCAACGUGCUUGUACGUUGUUGCUUGCAUUUCGGGUGUAUUUUUUUUUUUAUUAAGGUUAUUCACUUACUUAACAGAUAGGUUUAAAAAAUGUAACUCUUGAGGUCAUGUGGGACCCAGCAACUUGUAAUCCUUUUUUGUUUUCCAUGAUCAAAGCGUGCUCAUCUUGUUGGAUUGUGGCGAAAGACGCGUAGGCGCUGUCCGGGGUACUGAAGUCAAGUUUUUUUUUUUCCCCCCGUUCUGGUUAUAUGUCUACACAAAUUAAGUCCAGAGAUGACUCGAAAAAGGCUGCAGUCUGUGGCUGUUUGGGGAUUCUUCGCAUGGGAAAUAGCUUUUCUACUGAGAGCUCAUACUGUAUGCUUGGUGGCCUCAAAGGAACCUGAUAGUGCCCGAAGCAGAGCAAUGCCAAUGUCACCUUCAGACUUUCUGGACAAACUUAUGGGAAGGACUUCAGGAUACGAUGCCAGAAUCAGACCAAACUUUAAAGGACCUCCUGUGAAUGUAACGUGCAACAUAUUUAUUAACAGCUUUGGUUCAAUUGCUGAAACAACAAUGGAUUACAGAGUGAAUAUAUUUCUGCGUCAGCAGUGGAAUGACCCAAGGCUGGCUUACAGUGAAUACCCAGAUGACUCACUGGAUUUGGACCCAUCUAUGUUGGACUCUAUUUGGAAACCUGAUUUAUUUUUUGCAAAUGAGAAAGGGGCUCACUUCCAUGAAGUUACCACAGACAACAAGCUCCUUAGAAUAUUUAAAAAUGGAAAUGUCCUUUACUCAAUCAGAUUGACUUUAACACUUUCUUGCCCUAUGGAUCUUAAAAACUUUCCAAUGGAUGUACAAACUUGCAUAAUGCAAUUAGAAAGCUUUGGAUACACGAUGAAUGAUCUCAUUUUUGAAUGGCAAGCUAAUGGACCUGUGCAGGUUGCUGAAGGACUAACCCUCCCACAGUUUAUUCUGAAGGAUGAGUCCGAUUUACGAUAUUGUACUAAACAUUACAAUACAGGAAAGUUCACCUGUAUAGAAGUGCGCUUUCAUCUCGAGAGACAGAUGGGAUACUACCUGAUUCAGAUGUACAUACCCAGUCUUCUGAUCGUCAUUCUGUCCUGGGUGUCAUUUUGGAUCAACAUGGAUGCAGCCCCAGCUCGAGUAGCUUUAGGUAUCACAACUGUGCUGACCAUGACAACACAGAGCUCAGGAUCACGAACAUCCCUGCCAAAGGUGUCUUAUGUCAAAGCUAUUGACAUCUGGAUGGCAGUGUGCUUACUCUUCGUAUUCUCUGCACUGCUGGAGUAUGCAGCAGUCAACUUCGUCUCCCGUCAACAUAAGGAACUGUUGAGGUUCCGCCGCAAAAGGAAGAAGAACAAGGAGGAGGAUGUGAGAGAAAGCCGACUCAGUUUCGCGGCUUAUGGCGUGGGCCCUUGUACUGCGGGAAAGGAUGGAGUCAUCCCGAAGACCCCGAACAACUCCCCCCAGCCGGCUGCCAGAACCCCGGAGGAGAUGAGGAAGCUGUUCAUCGACAGAGCGAAGAAAAUCGACACCAUAUCCCGAGCGGGCUUCCCAUUAGCCUUCCUGUUUUUUAACAUCUUCUACUGGGUUCUCUACAAAAUCCUCCGCCACGAGGACGUACACAAGCAAUAAAGUAGGAACAGAGUCCCGAGCCCUCGGCAGCGGAACAGUAAGAACGUGUACAGAAACCCAUCGUGAUACCAUGUAAGAAACGGAACAAGCAAGCAAAUGAGCCACAAAAAACCUGUACAGACAGCUCCUGUCCAUGUCAUACACCAUUGAGACACUAAGUGAACUAUGCAAAGCCAAACUAGACAGGUAUCAAUGGUUUCUAAUUCUGUAAUGUAAGCGGAAGUAGUGUUCUUAAUGUACUUCAAGUUUUCCAUUUGAUACAAAGAACAAAAGAUACGUAAAGAUUUCCAGGACUGUUAUAUUCUAAUUCAGUCAACGUUGUGUAUCUGACAGCUUUACUGCCAAUGUUCUCUUUAGUGUUUAUAUACACCACUUGUGAUACCACCUGUAAAGAAUAUUCUUGAUGACAUUUAUAUAUUUUAAAGCACUUUUAGAAAUCAAAAAAAGAAAUGUUAUUCAACAUUUGUAACAAUGAUGUAAAAACAAGCUUAAGAGUCCACUUGCAAAAAGCCAUAUUUCUCCUACAUCUCAGAUGUUUCAAAUACAGUGAAACUGAAAUGGGAAAAGUUUCUCUUACUAGUCAAAUUAAUAAUAGGAUAUAAAGCAACUCAGACAUCAAGUACACAUGCACUCACUGAGAUCUUUGCUUAUUUGAAUGAAACCUCCACAGAAGAAAUAUAUAUUUUUGCUGUUCUAAAAGUUCUAUUAAUGAUAACAGUAAACACAUACAGAAAACACCUUGAAAUAAGAAUCACUCAUUUGAAAUGUCCCCGGACCUAUAUAAAAGAAAAUAUAAAUACUGAAAGGCAUUAUGAAUGCAAGUUUGAGACAAUACUAAUUUGUUUUGUUUUUAUUUAUGCGUCUCAGUAUAGAGUAGGAAUAUUAGUUUUCAAAAUAGCAAGCAGAUAUACCUGUCUGAUGUCUGGGUACCAAAAAAACCAAGACAGAUGUGUCUGCUUAAUGUUGAAAUGUAGCUACAGUACAUGUCCAGAUCUGCUGCAGAUGUUUCAGUUUAUGGAUAAUGUCAUAUAAGCUCAUUGACUGUAAAAACAUAAAAAAAUUUAAAAUGAGAUUCAAAAUACCUCUUCAGUGAUAUCUUAUCAUGUCUUUGACUAUGUAAUUGUGUUAUAAAUUAUGCUGUUGAUCACCUGCUCACCUGCUGCACUUAGUUUGGCAAGCGUAAAAAGAACAUAAAAUCGGCUUUGUAACUCAGUGAGGUAAAAAGAAAGAUACCAUACCUUAAAAUCAGCUGUUUUCCAUCACACUCCAUUACUUCAGCUGUGUGAGAGAACUACAGUAUCUUUUACUCUCAGAAUCUGAAGGCUUAGCUAUUUGACAUUUGCACUUCAUAUUAAAUACUUCAAAUUGUUAAAUACUGUAUUCUUAUUUUUAAUUUGUAAUUAUUCUUAUAAUUCCUAGUAGUAGUAGCAUGUUUUCAACACAGUGAGAUCAGCACAUCCCUCUUACGCAAAAAAUGAUUUCUUUUUGUUUUAUCUUGUUUUUAUUUUUCUUUCAUCAGUCUUAUCUGCGGACUUUUGUUACUGCAUUUGGUGACCAUCAUUCUUUCAGGAAAUCUUCACUGAUAAGUUGAAAAGAUUGUCUUCUAUAUCAUUCUUUCCACCUUAGGCAACUCCUGUUGUAAAGGAAGACUACAGCAUAUCAAAAUAUUAUCAGCCACACGCCAUCUGUUUUAAAAAAGUAAAAGAUUAUGAAACACUGUCAGGCAAAGACAUAUUUUAUUAUUCAUUUUUUAUAGCCAAUUUGUAUAUUAAGUGAAGAGUGGUGAACAAUAAAUAGCUUAGAAAAAAGAUAUGGAAGCAUACAGAUUAGAUCUGGACCAUAGGGUUCAACAAUAAGUAAUAGGCAUUUAAUUCCAUUUAAUUUAUUCAUAAAGUAGCUGCAAUAUUGAACAGCGUUGUUUUUACAAAAAAUCAUUUUCUUAGAGUGCCUAUUACCACUUCUUGUUGUUUUUUUCUCUGAGGUUAAAAAAUACAUAAUACAGUGUGAGCAAAAUCAGAAAUCUCAAGAGAAAACUCAAAAACAAAUUGUAUUUCUUAGUACAUUCAAGUUGCAGAGAAUUCCUUUACAACAGGAAAUGUAAUCCUUUUAUGUCAUGAAAUAACAGAAGAGUAAGUCUUACAUCAGUUGUCCUUACAUACUGUAAUUAAGUCAUGGUCUUACUAUUUAAUUUUAAAGUUUAUUUUCUUUAUUAAAAUGCUUAGCAGUACUUUCAAACAAAAAUAGCAUAGUGCCUACCACAUUCCUAGAGGAAACCCAAGAAAAAGUAUAGUUGUUACGGCACCUUGUGAGAGCCGAGAACUACCAUGUUCUUGAAAUAAUGGACACGAAAUAGUCUAUACUGAACAUCCUUGUAAAACUACUUGCACUAUGUUCCAUGGCAUCAGGAUUGAGGUAACAACAUGCGUGUUAAAUUACUUAAUUGUUUUGAGUGCAUGUAAAGAACUUUUAAUACUAAAGUCUUUUAGAUUGCAUUAUGGAUUGGACAGUACUCCUGAUUGAGUAAUAUACAGUAAUUUAACAAUCAAAUAAUAGUCAAUUGGUUUUAUAUACUGUACCUGGAUGGAAAUUACACAGGUAAAUAAUAAGAUAUCACUUUAAUGUGGACCCCAAUGCUUUUUUCCCUCCAUUAACAUAACAGGAAGCAAUAUAAGAUUGCAUUUUGUUAUAAUUAGUUAGUACUUCAAAAACUCGUUAUCCUAAAUAUUACAUUUUUAUAAGUAUUUGACCUUCA